AUGCUUCUGGUCAUGGUCUUCAGAGGUUUACUGGUGCUGGGUUUAAUCAUGUCACUGGACGGACGUAAGAAAGGCCAGAAGACCAAACCGAAGGCCGCCAAAGGCUCCGGAUCAGACAAGGUCUUUGGACAGAGAGGAAUGACUGUAGGGUUGUUUCUGGAUCCUAACCUGAAGACCGCUGUCCCUGUCCUUCACAUAGACUCCAGGUCUCUCUCUCCAUGGACAUACAGCGACACGUACGAUGAGACCCGGGUCCCUCAACAUCUCUCCCAGGCUCAGUGCCAGACGUCUGGCUGUCUAACCCCAGACGGAGAAGAGGACAUGGGGUUGGAGUCCAAACCCAUAAUCCAUCAGACCUUGGUGCUUCGCAGGGUUCAGGGAGAGAAGGGCAGCAGUGGAGGGAGGAAGAAGAAGGGGAAGAAGAAGGGAUAUUUCUACAAACUGGACAGUGAGAUUGUAAAUGUGGGCUGUACCUGUGUGAGACCCAGCAUUUUCCCUCAGAAGCAGUGA